AUGGCCAACUUGUCAGGCAGUAUGGGAAUCUACAUGAGGCUGGGUAUAACAGCACAAGGUAGAAUGAAGGUAAAACAGCUGACUCCCCAGGGAAAGAGAAAUCACACCAGUGUGAAGGAAUUCAUCCUCCUGGGAUUCCCUGGGGCCCUAUAUUUGCAGAUCUCCCUCUUUGUGCUCUUCCUCUUCAUGUACAUCAUGACUGUCACAGCAAAUAUGGCCAUCAUAGCCUUAGUGAUGAUCAGUCAACGUCUACGUACUCCCAUGUACUUCUUCAUCUGCAACCUCUCCUUCCUGGAGAUUUGGUACACGACAGCUUGUGUGCCCAAAACCCUGGCCAACCUCAUGUCCCAAAGCCAAACCAUCUCUUUCACCAGCUGUAUUUUACAGAUGUACUUUGUUUUCUCCUUUGGCUGCACAGAAUAUUUCUUCCUGGCUGUCAUGGCCUAUGACCGCUACUUAGCCAUAUGCCACCCACUUCACUAUAGCUCCAUCAUGAAUAAUACCUUGUCCAUUCAGCUUGCUCUUGGUUGUUGGGUCUGUGGUUUCCUAGCUAUUUGUCUUCCAGCAUAUCUGAUUGCCAGACUGUCUUUUUGUGGGCCUAAUAUCAUUAAUCAUUUUUUUUGUGACAUAGCCCCAUGGAUAGUUCUCUCCUGCACAGACACUUAUGUUGUUGAGCUGGUGGCCUUUAUCACCUCAUUCAUUGUCAUCCUGGGUUCAUGUGCAAUAACCCUAGUGUCCUAUGUUUAUAUUAUCUCCACCAUUUUGAACAUCCCAUCAGUCAAAGGCCGUAAAAGGGCAUUUUCUACUUGCUCUUCUCAUCUCACCAUCGUAAUUAUCUGGUACGGCUCCACCAUAUUCCUGCAUGUCAAGCCUUCCAUUCAAAACUCACUGGAAUUGACCAAAAUAGUCACUGUCUUAAAUACUAUUGUAACACCACUAUUAAAUCCAUUCAUCUAUGCACUCAGGAACACAGAGGUGAAAGAAGCUGUGAAGCAUGUCUUCAGAGGGAAAUAA